CCCCAGCGCAACCAGGAUACUCUCCUCGCCCACCCCCACCUCUCCCAGUCGAUGCGCAAUCGCCACUCCCGACGCCCCAUACUUGGCCUGUAUGUCCGUGCAGAUCCGCAGCAUGGACCGCAGCGCGAGUGGCGCGUAGGCGGAGUAGGAGAGCCCCGUGACGGUUUCGGAGCCGAAGGUCGAGCGCGUGGUGCCGGAGAAGAGGACGUUGGCGCCGGAGUGGGGGGAGCGGACUAGGGAGAGGAUGUGCGUGGCGGAAAGGGCGUUGGAGGUUAGGGUUGCGUGGCAGGUGGGGGUUGAGAGGGUGGUGGUUAAGGGGUCGGGGUGGGUGAGUAUUGGCUGGGGGGAGGGAGUGGUGGAGGAGGGGUUGGCGGGGUUGCUUGAGGUGGUGGAUGUUGCCGGUUGGGGGGGGGGUGAGGUGGUCGUGGGCGGGUUUGAGGGUGAGGUGGCAGAGGGGCCGUCGAUUGGGGCGUUAGAGGUCAUGGUGGGCGUUCGUUAUGGUGCUGAGGCGCAUAUGGUGGUGGUGAGGGGUUGUCGAUAUGUCGAGGUGAGGCGGGUUGGUUGGUUUAUGAGCGGAGGCGUCUGGCGCCGACAAUCUAUUGAUGAAGCCCGCAGUUUUUACAAAUUCCAAUUCAUGUUGACCACCCGUACCUAGCCACAACAACGAGUCCGCCGUAAAACCAACGAAACGAAAUCCGGAGCGAGGUCAUAAAUAUUUAGAGUAACAAUUGUCCCCGGAAUUCGAAAUCCCCGACUACCACCGCCGUCAUCCCGCGCGGGUGAAGUUUAAGCCGCAGCCGACCUUCCUGACGCUGAUAAAUCGGGAUGAUAGGAUAUAGGGAGUCAAGGACUCAGGUCAGGAUCAGGAAAGCCGUUUUCGCAACACAGGAGGAAAUCCGACGAAGUCUCACAUACGAUGAAUAGAUGGUGGUAGUGUAUACAAUACAUAGAUCCAGCUCCCUUGCCAGCCAAAAAAAUACACUAUAUACAAGCC